CCCUCCUCCUUCAUACACACACAUUGCCCUUAUCACCCUGUUCGCCCUACCCACGCUCGCCUUGGUUAACGGUGGCGAGGAUUGUGUGUUUCGGGUGGCUGUGAGCUUGUGUUGCCGAGUCGAAAAGACUACCUGGAUCUCUUUCCCGUUCAGACGAGCCCCACCUGUCAUUUGUUUUGACUUCCGUUGCUCGCGGCAAAGCACGUUUUGUGUUGCCCGCUUGUUGUUGGUGUUGUUGUUGUUGUUUGUUUGGACCUUCAGACACCCGCCGAACGACGCGCUUGUGCGUGUUCGUGCAAGCGUGCACUUUUUUUAUUUUUGAGGCCUUGUGGCUGACGUUGGUCACACGAGAGCAUCUCCCUCGUGCGUGCAUUGCCGCCACGCACAGCGUCGUCCACCACGCGGCGCAAGGGCUCGCACCCGGGUUGUUUUUUCUGUUUCACGACAAACAAACAAAUAGCCCGCAUGGCAACCCUUUCCAGACACGCGCGGUGGUCCACCGUGCAAUCAUUUUCGACAGCAGGGAAGCUGCUUCGCACAGCGCCACUGCUUACGCUGGCAGCAGUACUGACUGUGCUGGCGACGGCGGCGUUGGCAGAUGACACCGUCUACUAUUCGCUGAGUACGGCGAGCACCACCAUCACGGCGGGAACCCCAUUUACCGUCACUGUCACUGCCACAUAUGCCAACGGCACCUUGCCUGCGGAUGGAUUGGACGACAUUUAUCUCACUGUGGCAAAUGGCACGACCAUCUCCAAGUUUGGAAACGAGCCCCCGUAUCUCCUCAGCUUCGAUGCAAACGGGCAGGCAAGCGAGCAGAUGCGCACGUUCCAGUCUGGAGGGCUCGUGAUAGGCGUUGAUGCCUCCAUGGCCGCCGUACCCACAAGCGUAGGCGCCCCGCUUUCCCUCACCGCAGUCGCAGCCGAGGCGUCGCGGUAUGUGUUUGUGGACCAGGCAACCAUCACGGCCGGCGAGCCAACGCCUGUGGAGAUUCGCGCAGUGGACGCGUACGGAAACCACGACACAACAUACGGCCCCGCAUCGCUGUUUGUUUCUGCCAUCGGUAGCUCCUCCGGCACGUUUCUUGACCGCCCGUUUGUGAACCCGGGCAGCAUCAACAUCGCCAACGGCGUCGGUACCAUCAUCGUCCAGUCGCGCGUGCUGGAGACAAUCACCAUCUCCAUGCAGGACUUUACCAACUCGGGGGUCGAUGCUUCAGCCACGUUUUCAACGCAAAUCGUCCCAGCUCCUGCCGCCCGCUACGAGCUUGAGGUCGACCGAACCACGCAGGUGGUUGGACGGAACGUGCUCGUCUCCCUGACAGCGUUUGACCCUUAUGAGAACUUUGUUCCAGCGGCCAAUGACACGCUCACGGUUGUGGCGAGCAGCAACGGCACACCGGCACAGCAGACCAUCCAAAUUGUGAACGGCACGGCGACAGCCAACGUGACGGAUGUCGUGCAUGAGACGACGACCAUUUCCUUGCAGGGGCCGUCCCACCUCAACCUCACAGACUCGGCCACCAUCAGCUUCGUUCCAGAUAUUGGUGCAAGUGUAAGCAUUGUGCUGCCAACCACGAACACCGUGGACACCAAUCAUGUCAUCGGUGUUCAAGUCCGUGACCAGUACAGCAAUAUUGCCGUGUUUGAUGCCUACAACCUUCUCCUCCGUGUCAACUCCAACAAUGGCACGGACAACCAUACCGUGGCGGUGGCGAGUGGCGAGGGAGCUUACACGCUGUUCACGCCGCAGCCACAGACCGUGGAGCUGGAGUUGCUGCCUGCUGUUGGCACUCCGGCCACGCUCGCUCUCCCGUUGACGCCGUCCUUCUUCACCAUCCAACCUGGGGAGACACGGCGGUUUGUGCUGUUGCCUCUGCCAAGUGGCCAGCUUGGCCAGCCUUCUCUGCCCGGCUCUGUGGACGCUGGCGUGAACGUCACCGUGGUUGCGCUUGAUAUGUAUGGCAACAUCAACACCAACGAGCAGCAAGACGUGGUUGUCACCGCAAGCAGCGACGCCGUGUUCCAGCUGUCCAGCAACGCGACCACCGUCUUUGAUAUUGCCAACGGCACGGCGACCCAGCUUCUCGCAAAGACGACCCCUGGCAACGUGCUCGUCUCUCUGUCGGAUCUUUCGGGCUCAGGAGUGGAUGUCACGUCCACACAGCUUACAGAGUUUGUGCCAGGCGCCACGACCAAGUAUGUGCUGGAGCCUCUGACGCCCAUUCCCACGGGAAGCUUUGACAAGCUGUUUGUGGAGGCCCAGGACCAGUUUGGCAACCGCGUGCCAACAGAGCAGCGUGACUGCGCACUGGCCAUGAAUGGGUCGGCCACAGGCGCCGGACGUGUGGACAUUGUUGCCGGUCGCGGGUUUGUCUAUCUGUUCAACGAGGAGGCAGAGUAUGUGCUUGCAUCGCUCUCCGAUGACUACAACACCGGGUUGGAUGUCAGCCACACCUUCCUUCUGCAGUUCAUCGCAGCGGAGGACAUUGAGCUGAAUCCAAACAACCUGACGACGGUGGUACGCGUGCAGCUGCGACCGGAAGAGAUCUUUGCGCUGCAGGCCAAUCCUCUGAUGGCCACAAACAUUGCAAACACGCUGCUGACCGUCCAAGCCAAGACCGUCAACGACACAUUCAACAACCCCGUGUUUCCGCUCAACGCCACGCAAGCCCUGCAGCCGUCGGAGUUUCUCGAGGACAUUGCACCGCCCAAAGUGCUCUCGUUUGACAUUGUGGCCGGGUCUGACACAAACAACUCCCUGACAGAGCUGCACGUGCACUUUUCGGAGGUGGUCAACGCCUCCUCGCUCGAACCGGGUCUCAUUGCACUGCACAGCGCAGCGGCGAACGCGUCAUUCCAGCACACGCUCACGGGGGCACUUGUGACCCCCGCAUACACGCGCGAGGUUGUGUUUGUGCUGACGCCUGCUGACGUGGCUGCGGUCGUCGCCCAGAGCGCCAUUGGGCAGCCCGGGUUUGCGGGCGCAGGCCUGCUGCACGACGCCAACUCCACCUUCCUGUCGGCUGAUCAGGGCGCCUUCGCCGACAUGAACGGCAACCCGUCCGUCCGCGUGCAUCCACAGAACGCGCUGGGGGUGUCUGGCUACGACGUCGACUACCAGCCGCCGUUUGUCGUGGCGUUCAGCAUGGAUCUCUCCGAGUACCAGGUUGCCGUGACCUUCAACGAGCCCGUGCGUAAGGAUACGUUCAAGUCGCACCUCAUGACGCUGCAGAACUGCGCCGAUGCCACGGCCAGCGACGGCACAUGCGCCAACUUGCAGACGCUCACACUCACCGCAAACUACACGGAUGACCCGCUCAUCACGGCCGGCUCGCCGGUUCUUGCCAACAGCAGCCGUGACGCAAUCAUUGCGUUUGCACUGAACGCAGACGACGCGGAUGCGUUGCAGCGCAAAACUUCCCUGGCCACGUCGCUUGGCGACACGUUCCUCAGCCUCCGCGCGGGCGCCGUGCAAGACUCCGUGGGUAACCUUGCCGAUGAGGUGCUGGCGGCAAACGCACUGCAGGUGGCCGUGGUGUCACGGGACACGCUCCCGCCGACCCUGCUUCGCUUCUCGCUUGACCUCUCGACCAACGCCAUCACGUUCACGUUCUCCGAGGCCGUGAAUCCAGCAUCUCUCAAGCCCGAGCGCGUCAUCCUGCAGAACACAAAGGUGAACGGCACGACAACGUACCAGCUGACGGGCGGGUACAUCUCUGACCUCGACGAGCAGCGCGCCGUUGUGCGCGUGAACCUGACCGCGCACGACGUCAACGCCAUCAAGUACAAUCAGGAGCUGGCCACCCGCGGCGUCAACACGUACCUCAGCAUCGAGCACCUCUACCGCAGGCCGCUGUACGCGCCGCCAGAGCUGCUCCCGUCUGACUUUGUUCUCGACACCGCCGGCAACCCCGUGGUCUACAUUGAACAGGACAACGCCAAGCGCGUGCGGGUUGGUGGUCUCACCCGGGACACCGAGCCCUCAUACCUGGUCGAUUUCGGCGUAAACAUGGACGCGGGCACGCUCAACUUUACGUUCAUCGAGCCCCUUGACCCGGCCACGCUGAACAUCUCUGCCAUCGCCCUGGCGUCAGCACCCGCAGGCGCCAGCAGCACUCGUGCCUUCUUCCGAAUCAGCAACGCUUCAACAGUCGCCGAGAUUGACGGGUCGCUCGGCACACGGGUACGCGUUGUCCUGGAUAAGGAGGACCUGGACACAAUCAAGAGCUUGCCCCUGUGUACGGCCAGUGCAAACGGCGCGGACUGCUUUGUCAGUAUCGACAGCACGUUUGCGGUAGAUCCGAACGACAACCCGGUUGAUGCUGCAGUUGAUGUUCUGCCGUCUGCUUAUGAUGCAGAUGUCACGUCCCCGCAGCUGCUGCCACGAGGGUUUCUCAGCAUCGAUCUUGACGUUGGCGCAAUCGUGCUCACCUUCAGCGAGCCCGUGCGCCUCAGCACAAUCCAGCCCUCUGACAUUGUGCUGCAGUCCACUUUUGAGAAGCAGUCCACCAACCAGGGGUAUAGCGAGCACACCAUCGCAGCGGGGCAGGUUACGGCACCCGAGAACGAGACGGCAAGCACGCUCGUGGAGAUUACGAUGAGUACGACCGACCUCAACUUUAUCAAGCAGGACAACCUGCUCUGCACCAUCGCUGGCAACUGCUACGCUCGUUUCACGGCUUCGUUCCUCGACGACAUGGCAGGCAACAGCAUCGAGCCCAUCGAGCUGGCGUUCCCAGGGCAGCCCGUACAGCAGCUGCUGCGUGACGAGGUUGCGCCGGUGCUGGAGUCGUUUGUGCUGGACGUCAGCGCGGCGUCGCUCAUCCUCUCCUUCAGCGAGAUUGUGGACCCGGCGUCGCUCGACACCACGCAGGUGUGCCUGCAGCCCACGGCAAACGAGACCACGGCGCAGCAGGUGUACUGCCUGACGGAGAGCAGCGCGCCAUCCAGCACGGCAGAGGGCGUGCUUGUGGUUGUGGUUGACGUGAGCGGGGAGGACAUGCGUGCGAUCAAGGCGCGGCGUGUUGGCUCCAGCGCGGGCACGACGUACCUGAGCGUGGGCGCUGGCGCGAUUGUGGACACGGCGUUUGAGGCGAACGGGGUUGUUGGGAUUGAGCGGACGGGCGCUCUUGGUGCGCGGGGUUACAUUGGGGACGUUGUUGGGCCGCGGCUUGCAGCGUUUGAUGUUGACCUUGAGGCGGCUGAGAUCCGGCUGCUGUUCAACGAGCCCGUGAACGUGAGCACGUUUGAUGUUGGCGCGGUUGUGCUGCAGAGCGUGCGGAACGCGAGUGCUGCUGGUGCUGGUGCUGGUACGACGGUUGAGAUGCACCGGCUGAGCGAGGGGAGCAGCGUGCGCGGGGGCGGCAACGACGUGAGCAGCGUUGGCAGCGCAAGCGAUGUUGCGGCCGCGAGCGGUGUUGAGGUUGGGCAGAGCUGGGUUGUGGUGUCGCUGAGCGAGGACGACGAGACGGCGAUCAAGCGGCAGGCGGGGCUUGCAGCGGAUGCGGGGACGAGCUUCAUGUGGUUUGGGCCUGAGCUUGUGGCGGACAUGGCGGGGAACGCAGUGUUUGGGAUUGGGCGGGAGGAUGCGCAGGCGGCGCGGGCACACGCAGCGGACCUUGAGCGGACGAACGUGGUGCAGUGCGUGCUUGACAUGCAGGCGCGGCAGCUUGUGCUGUCGUUUGACGACGUUGUUGAUCCUGGGACGCUGAAGGUUGAGCAUGUGACGGUGCAGAGCGGGCGCGGGGUGGUUGGUGUUGGGGGCGUUGUUGGGUACACGCUGCUUGAGGAUGGCGGGAGCGGCACGGAGAGCGAUGUUGGGUUUGAGGUGGUGAUUGAUCUCGCGGCGGCGGACGUGUUGGGGCUUGCGCUUGUUGGCGGGGUUGGGCGGCGUCGCGGGAACAGCUAUGUGAGCGUUGGGGCGGCGAUGCUUGACGACAUUCGAGGCAACGACGUGAUUGGGGUGCCCGGGGACCGAGCGCUGCAGGUGGCAGCGUAUGUAGCGGACACGCGGGCGCCGGUUGUGGUGAACGCGACGCUGAACAUGACGUCUGAGGUGCUUGGGCUUGAGUUUAGCGAGGCCGUGAAUGUGAGCACGGUGGAUGUGACGGCGCUUGUGUUGCAGGCGUACGGGAACGCGAGCGCAGCGGCGUCGGCAGCGGUGUCAGCAGGGGCCGUUGGUGGCGGGAGUGGCAUUGUUGCGGAGCGGCGGCUUGUUGGAGGGGAUGUGAGCUGGAGCGAGGACCAGGAGCGGGUGUAUGUUGCGCUGACCAAGGCGGACGUGGAUGCGAUGAAGGUGCUUGAGCCGCUUGUGACGAGUGCGGAGACGGCGUUUGUGUGGCACGACGGGACGCUUGUUGCUGAUGUGUUUGGUGUUGGGAGCGAGGCGACGAGCGGGGACGCAGCGCUUGGGGUGCGGUCGUUUGUUGGGGAUGCGGUGCCGCCGGCGGUUGAGUCGUUUGUGGUGGACAUGGACGCCGGCUCCCUCAGCAUCACCUUCACGGAGCCCGUGCGUGCGAGCACAUUCAAUGGCACUGACACCCUGACCCUGCAUGACGGUGCUCACGUGUCACACAUCGUGAACAAUGCGACACUCAACGCCAUCUCUGCAUCCGAGCUUGUUGUGAACAUCACGCUCUCCUAUGAGGACAUGACAGCCAUCAAAACCAAGCGCCCAUUGUGUUCCGACGCGACCGCGUGUCAGAUGACUGCUUCACCUGAAUUUGUUCAGGACAUGGCCGGCAACGAGCUUCUUGCAGACACACCAACGAUCAGCAGCGCACUUCACGUCGACCAGACACCACCUCGGCUGCAGUCAUUCGAGAUUGACAUGACCACGCAGGAGAUGGUGCUCACCUUUGACGAGCCCGUCUUGUCAAUGUCGCUUGCCCCGGAGCUGAUUACGCUUUCUGCCGACAACAACAGCAACAACAACAACAUCACGAGCCAGUCAAGUGAUUCUCGCACGAGCUUCACACUGACGGGCGGAGCAGAGUUUGAGCCUGUGUUUGACGCAACGUCGUGGCCAACCCGUACAAUGCUGCCCUGUGCACAGCCGUAUCCUCGCCCCAGCGGCAAUGCCUCUGCGUUUGCGCUGGCCAACUGCACGUACCUCUCGCUCGCACCGGCGUACACGGCAGUUCGCUUCCGCCUCCUUCGCGCGGACUUUGACGAGCUGGCGGGACGCACGGCGCUCGUCGUGUCCACAGACACGACAUGGCUGCGUGCUUCUUCGGGGCUUGCGCUUGACAUUAGCGCCAACAACAACACAGCGUCUGCAGUGGCAACACCGCUUCGCAGCGCCAGCUUUGUUGCAGACACGGUUCAGCCUGAGCUGCUCGCAUUUUCUGCAAACAUGACAUCACGGCAGCUUGUGCUCACCUUCUCCGAGCCUGUGUGGCAGGUGUCCUUCAAUGCGACGGCUGCGGUGCUCAAGUCGCGCUCGUCCCUGGAGCGCGGCCUGACUCGCCGGCUGCUGUCCAACUCCACCUCGAUCGUUGGCCAGUCGCCAGCAGGCACCGCAGCAAACGUGUCUGCUGACACCAGCACGCCAUAUGACUGGACAGUGUCGCUCACAGUGACGGUGCAGUUGAAUGAGGAGGACAUUGAAUCGAUUCUGAGCCGCAGCUUUUACACCAGCGCAGGGAACGCCUUCCUGCUGACGGAUGGCAGCGUGAUUGUAGACGCAAGCGGCAACCCAGCGCUUCCCACGUUGCCGAGCACGGUGUUGCAUGUUGCCAACUUCACAGCCGAUGUGGUGCCACCUCAGCUGGUGUCCUUUUCCUUGAACAUGACGAGCCAGCGACUGCUGUUUACCUUCGACGAACCCGUGCUGUCCAUUUCGGGCCUGGUUGGUGGCAUCACGCUGCAACAGUACAGCAGCAGUGGCACUCCUGGCGAGAGGUACACGCUGACGCAAGGCAGCGGCACCCUGUUUGAGUACCGCAACUCGAGCGUGCAAGCGGUGGCCAUCUCCGUUGAGGACGCAAAUGCGAUCAAGCUGCUUACUUCCCUGGCCACGCGUGUCGGGGAUACGCAUGUGAAUCUCACCUCUGGUACGGUGACAGACGUGGUCGGCAACCCCAGCGUGGCUGUUGGUGCGCCAGCCAUGUUGGCGGCGUCGUUCUUCGGCGACAUCACCCCGCCUGAGCUGGUCUCCUUCAACCUGAACAUGACAUCGGAGGUCCUCAGCCUCACCUUCAACGAGCCCGUGAACACAUCCAGUGCCGACGGUUCGCUCAUCACGCUUGCAGGCGAGCAGACCGCCGUCAUCAGCGUCAGUGGCGAUGGCGCUCUGGGCAUCACGCUCAGCGGCGCCGUGGUGCUGACACCGAGCGGCCUUGUUCUUGAGUUUGGCCUCUCCCAGCCGGACGUCAACACCAUCAACUGGAACACACGCCUCGCCAUGGAUCCCGCGUCCACAUGGCUUUCCUUUGCGCAGGGCAUGGUCAGGGACAUGAAUGGCGUUGAUGUUGUGGCCCGCGGGGCGGACGAUGCCGAACGCGCUGCACUGCUGAUCCCAGACAUGAUUGCGCCCGAGCUCGUGUCGUUCGACCUGAACCUGACGUCGGAGGUGCUCACGUUGACCUUCAACGAGGCGUACAACGCGUCCACAAUUCAUGUGCAGAGCAUCACGCUGCAGUCGCAUGCCGUGAACACCAACCUCAGCAUCAGCAGCGGGUCUGUGUCUGCACCCGUGCAGAGUGUCACGCUCACUGGCGGCGCAGUGUUCAACACACAUCCUUAUCCGGCGUCACAGCCCGACCCAUUUGCGUACACGACCUUCUCUGUGCUGCUGACGUUUGACGACCUGAACUCACUCAAAGUCCGGGAGGGCCUGUGCGUGUCCAACACGACGUGUUUCAUUUCCGUUCAGCGCUCGCUGCUGCAGGAUAUGACGGGCAACGCAGUGCGGGCGGUUGCGCCCACUGCUGCGAAGCGCGUGCGCACGUUCGCGGAGGACACGACCCGGCCAGAGCUGGUGAACUUUGUGCGGUUUGACCUCAACUAUGGGCGCAUCAAGGUGCUCUUCAACGAAAUUAUUGACGUCUCUGUCAUCGACUACACGUCCAUUGCGCUUGCGGAGUCGUUUGACUCCACGGAUCUCUUCAAGCUCACGGGCGGCAGCGUGUUUUCGCCGGACGUGCUUGAGGUGACGGUGAACCUGACGGUGGCCGACCUGAACCGACUCAAGCAGUUCCGACCAGGUCAGGUGCGCAUCUGUCGCUCGCGCACCACGUGCUACCUGCGCUUCAACGCGACGGCGUUUGCAGACAUGAACGCCAACCCGGUGCAGGCCGUCCCCGUUGGCACGUUCAACGUGGACGAGCGUGCAGCCGCGUUUACGCCGGACUCGACGCCACCACAGCUUGUCUCGUUUACGCUUGACCAGCGCGUGGGGCAGCUGCUGCUCACGUUUGACGAGACGGUUGACGGCGCCACGACCGAUGCGCAGCGCAUCACCAUCCAGGGGACCCGCAUCUACAACAGCAGCAACGCGUACACGCUGACGGGGUCCACGCUUGUGUCUGACCGCCGCGACUCGACGCUUGUGGCGCUGGAGCUGUUGCCCGCAGACAUUCGCCAGAUCAAGGCUGUCACGGGGAUGGCCACCGGCGUGAACGACACGUUUAUUCGGCUGUCUGCUGGCGCCAUCUCGGACAUGUCCAACAACGCCAUUCAGGCGAUGGCCGAGGGUCUGCAGGCGUCUGCCGUGACGACGGAUGAGGCAAACCCGGAGCUCGUGUCCUUUGACGCGUUUGAUCUGCGUGACAACCUGCUGCGCUUCACCUUCUCCGAGGCGGUUGAGAUUGACACCAUCCAGUACGACCUCAUUCGCAUCAUCUCCGUCUCCAACGGGCUUGGCGGGACGGUGGUGCCCCUGACGGGCGGCAGCGUGCGUUACGCCACGACAGACAAGACGUCCAUUGAGGUGCUGCUGAACCGCGAGGACAUUCGCAGCUUCAAGCUCGACGGCACCAUUGCCACGAACAUUGGAAACACCUUCCUUGCCAUGGGCCCCGGCGUGAUUGAGGACAAGUUUGGGCUGCCGUCUGACCCCGUGAGCGCCUUUCAAGGUGUGCCACCAGACUCGUACGUGGCCGACACGUCGCAAGCCGUGCUGGAGCGCGUGACACUUGACAUCAACACAGCGGAGCUGCACCUGUUCUUCGACGACGUGGUGAACGCGUCCACGCUCGACCCCACCCGCAUCGUGCUACAGCAGUCCGCUGGCAUUGUGAACAUCGUGCCCGGCGCCAUGGUUCCAGAGUACUACACGCUGCAGGGCGGUUCGACGGCCAGCCCGCAUGGCUUUGACAUUGUUGUGCAGCUGACACAGCACGAUUUGAAUGCGCUGAAGCGGCGACCAGACCUCGCCACAACGCGCGACAACACCUUUGUGCGGCUGCAGGAAGGCGCGCUGCGAAGCGUGGUGGAGCUGCAGAGCGUGGUGGCCAUCACCCGAAAGGUGGAUGUGCUUGUCGUGGACGCUGUUGCGCCGGAGCUCGUGGACUUCUCCCUCAACAUGACUGCGGGAACGCUCUGGCUGCAGUUCUCGGAGGCCAUCAACGUGAGCACGGUGCGCCCGGACCAUAUUGUGCUGCAGGCCACACCUGAUGCGCUGCCCAUCGGGUAUGACGCCAACGCCGACAAUGUCCCUCCGCAAGGGGAUGGCGCGGUGCAGCUCACGGGUGGAACCGUGUAUGGUGAGGACAUUGAGUACUACCCUUGGCCCUCGGCCGUGUGGAUCAUGGUGGACCUGCUCAAGGUCGACAUGGACGAGAUCAAGCGGGACGUUGCGCUCGCUUCCUCGCUGGCCACCACGUACAUCAGCCACAACGCCACCUUCCUGGCAGACAUGUCGGACUUUGCCGUUGUGCCCAUCCCCACACCGGCGUCGACAGUCAACGGAACGCUCAUUCCCAACACCGUGGCGGAGAACGCAACGGCGCUGCAUGCGUCCGCGUUUUACCCGGACACCGUCUCGCCACGUCUGCUGGCGUUUGACAUUGACAUGAACCUCACAGACCCGACGAGCCACAACGGCGGUGGGCCCGAGCUUCGCGUGGACAUGUUCUUCUCGGAGCCCGUGGACGUGACCACGCUCGACUACACGCAGCUGUCCUUCCAUGCGUCGGCGUCGGCGGCGGUUCAGAGCAGCAGCAGCAACAACAGCAAUAAUGCCAGUUCCCUGAGCUCCUACACGGUGAUGGACGCCAGGACGGAGAGCGUGAACGACACGAGCAUUGCGUUUUACCUCUCCCAUGCCGACAUCUACAACAUCAUGCGCAUCCCAGGGCUGAUGGUGAACGGGAACACGUCCUUUAUUGCCAUCACCUCGCAGUUUGUGCGUGACAUGGCGAGCCAGCCCGUUGUGCCGCGCACCGCCGCGGACCUCCACGCUCCAGCGGUGUUUGUGCAGGACCACGUGCGGCCGCAGCUGAGCGCCUUUGACCUCGACAUGAGCAACAGGACGCUCGACCUGUACUUUGUCGAGCCCGUGGUUCCAGCAACGUUCAACGUCACGCAGCUCACCGUCAGCAUGGACUGCGUUGAUCCAAGCGUACUCUUUGGCAACGCUAGCGCGGUCGUGAACGGCACUCUUCUGAACGCCACCUCCCUGUACAACAAUCAGACAUGGCUGAACGACACGAUGGUGAUGCGGAAUGGCACGGGUGUCAAUGGCGCGAUGAUGCCAGUCAUUGUCACCGCCAAUGUCACCUCGAGCUGGACGCUGGAGUUUCUACCAGCCCUUGAAGAGCUUGGCGUGCUUGGGCUGCGCGUGCACUUGCACGAGUCUGACUUCAACGAGCUUGCGUGGCGGCGGCCGCUUGGCCUACUGGCCAACACGACCUGUCUGUCCCUCACGCCGCAGCUCGUGACCGACUACAUGAGCAACCGCGUGCUUGCGGUUGAGCAGGUUGCUGUGCGCACGCUGGUGCCAGAUGCAGUGGCCCCGGCACUGAUUGGCUACAGCCUGAGCAUGGACAGCGGCAACGUGACGCUCACGUUCACGGAGCCCAUCGACGUGAACACCUUCAACGCCAGCAAGCUGGUGUUCCUGUCCGCGGCCAACGCGACCAUGGCCACGCCCGGAGUGGAUGCCGAGGUGGUUGGUGUUCCCAGCCUACUCGACGCCACCCGCAUCAUGAACGACCCUGCGGAGCUCACCCUCACCCUGACGCGAGAGAACCUGGACCGCAUGCAGAUGGCCACGUCUCUCGCGGUGGACGCCGCCUCCACCUUCCUCUCCUUUGCCAGCGACACCGUGGUUGACAUGGCGGGCAACGCCGUCGUGCCUGCCGAGGCUGUUGCGCUCACCGCGAGUGCAGGCGGUGUCUACGAGGCAGAUCGCACACCACCGGAGUUGGUGGCGUUUGACCUGACAAUGACGGAGGGAGCGCAUGGUCUUCUUUUGCCCAUCACGGUCACGCUGGAGUUCAACGAGGCCAUCAACGCGUCCUCCAUCGACGCCACCCAGCUCACCUUCAACAGGGACCACACAGGCCGCUUCAACGUGACGCUGGCUGACCGUACACCCGUGGUGCGCAUCGACGCGCGCCGCGCCAUGUUCAACCUCACGGACGCGGACCGCCUGGCCAUCAAGGCCGUGCCAGCGCUGAUGCAGAGCAAGACGGCAUCCGUGCUCUCGUGCACGAGCACGUUUGCACGUGACAUGGCCGGUAACGCCAUGGUGCCCAUUGCUGUGUCCGCUGACGCUGCUCCGCGCGUGUAUCGCGUGGACCUGGUGCGCCCACGGCUCGUGGCAUUUGACCUGAACAUGACCUCGCACGAGAUAACGUUGAGCUUUGACGAGAACGUGUCGGCGGCAGCGUUCAACCUGUCCAAGAUUUCGCUGCAGAACACACGCACUUCGCCCACAUCCACCCUGCGGCUUGGCGCACCCGCGCUGGAGUCCUGGCAGCUGCUUAGCGCAGGAUUUCCUUCCACAAUCGUGGCCAAGUUGUCCUCUGCGGAUGUGAGCGAGCUUGAGCUUGCGUUUGACCUGGCCACCACCAACAGAACCACAUAUCUGGUGACGGAAGAUGGCGUGACGGAUGACACGGCCACCAACAUGGUCUUUGCCAUUGACACGACGCUGGCCCUUCCCGUGAACCAAUACACGCGCGACGCCAUUGCGCCCCAGCUGGAGGUGUACGACGUGAACAUGGUGAAUGCCACCAUGCACAUGCAAUUCUCCGAGAACGUUGACGUGUCCACGUUUGACGUGCGAUCCAUCGUCUUGAGCAACAACCCUGCCAGUCCCUCGGAGGUGUACACGCUGACUGGAGGAUAUGUGUCUCAAGUCAACGACUCUUUUGUGACGGUGUACUUGUCUGUGGAAGAUUCGGAGUACCUGCGUGCAACGACCACCUUGGCGUCGCAGCGAAACAGCACGGCCCUCAGCUUUGGGCCAUCGCUUGUGCGUGAUAUGGCCGGCAAUCCGGUUGUUCCCGUGCCACUGUCCGCUGCGGAAUUCCCCCGCUCGUUCAUUGCCGACUCUCAGCCGCCGAUGCUGGUGUUCUCCGAGGUGAACGUGACCACGGGCGUGAUCACGCUCGCCUUCUCGGAGCCUGUGGACGUGAAUGCAGUAAACAUCACUUACCUUCGGUUCCUCGCGAGCGUGGCAGACAGCAACGUGCCUGGCGCCGUCGACUUUCGCGUCUCCAGCACGUCACAUGUGAUUGACGUCGACUUGGUCACGCUGGCGGUGAUUCUGUCGGCCCAGGACCUCAACUUGCUCAAGGCUGUGCCCGUGUGCACGGCAAGCGACGACUGUGUCGCGCACUUGGAGGAGGGCUUUGUUGCUGACCCCGAGGGUCUUGUUGUCCCAGAGGCGGUAGAGGUGGUGGACGUGUACUUUGAGGACGUGAUUCGUCCCCGUCUGCCAACAGAUGGUUUCCAGUCCAUUGAUUUGGACACGGGUGUGCUCGUGCUGUAUUUCGAUGAAACAGUCAACGCCAGCUCGCUCAACGUGUCGGCGCUGUCACUGCAGUCCUCGUACGAGCGCGGGCCACUGGAGCUCGGCUACUCGUCUGUGGACUACCUGCAGGGCAGUGUUGUGUCGACGCAGCCGUCGCAGCUCAUCGCUGUGCAGCUGGAGCCCAUCAGUCUCAACCUGUUGAAGCAGGACACGCUGGUGUGUGUUGUCAAGCGAGACUGUUAUAUCUACUUUGGCGACGGUGCCAUCCUUGACAUGAACGACAACCCGGUUGUGGGAACAGGGCUGUCCUUCCCAGGCUUUGUCGUGCAGCAGCUGCUGCGUGACGAGGUUGCGCCGGUGCUGGAGUCGUUUGUGCUGGACGUCAGCGCGGCGUCGCUCAUCCUCUCCUUCAGCGAGAUUGUGGACCCGGCGUCGCUCGACACCACGCAGGUGUGCCUGCAGCCCACGGCAAACGAGACCACGGCGCAGCAGGUGUACUGCCUGACGGAGAGCAGCGCGCCGUCCAGCACGGCAGAGGGCGUGCUUGUGGUUGUGGUUGACGUGAGCGGGGAGGACAUGCGUGCGAUCAAGGCGCGGCGUGUUGGCUCCAGCGCGGGCACGACGUACCUGAGCGUGGGCGCUGGCGCGAUUGUGGACACGGCGUUUGAGGCGAACGGGGUUGUUGGGAUUGAGCGGACGGGCGCUCUUGGUGCGCGGGGUUACAUUGGGGACGUUGUUGGGCCGCGGCUUGCAGCGUUUGAUGUUGACCUUGAGGCGGCUGAGAUCCGGCUGCUGUUCAACGAGCCCGUGAACGUGAGCACGUUUGAUGUUGGCGCGGUUGUGCUGCAGAGCGUGCGGAACGCGAGUGCUGCUGGUGCUGGUGCUGGUACGACGGUUGAGAUGCACCGGCUGAGCGAGGGGAGCAGCGUGCGCGGGGGCGGCAACGACGUGAGCAGCGUUGGCAGCGCAAGCGAUGUUGCGGCCGCGAGCGGUGUUGAGGUUGGGCAGAGCUGGGUUGUGGUGUCGCUGAGCGAGGACGACGAGACGGCGAUCAAGCGGCAGGCGGGGCUUGCAGCGGAUGCGGGGACGAGCUUCAUGUGGUUUGGGCCUGAGCUUGUGGCGGACAUGGCGGGGAACGCAGUGUUUGGGAUUGGGCGGGAGGAUGCGCAGGCGGCGCGGGCACACGCAGCGGACCUUGAGCGGACGAACGUGGUGCAGUGCGUGCUUGACAUGCAGGCGCGGCAGCUUGUGCUGUCGUUUGACGACGUUGUUGAUCCUGGGACGCUGAAGGUUGAGCAUGUGACGGUGCAGAGCGGGCGCGGGGUGGUUGGUGUUGGGGGCGUUGUUGGGUACACGCUGCUUGAGGAUGGCGGGAGCGGCACGGAGAGCGAUGUUGGGUUUGAGGUGGUGAUUGAUCUCGCGGCGGCGGACGUGUUGGGGCUUGCGCUUGUUGGCGGGGUUGGGCGGCGUCGCGGGAACAGCUAUGUGAGCGUUGGGGCGGCGAUGCUUGACGACAUUCGAGGCAACGACGUGAUUGGGGUGCCCGGGGACCGAGCGCUGCAGGUGGCAGCGUAUGUAGCGGACACGCGGGCGCCGGUUGUGGUGAACGCGACGCUGAACAUGACGUCUGAGGUGCUUGGGCUUGAGUUUAGCGAGGCCGUGAAUGUGAGCACGGUGGAUGUGACGGCGCUUGUGUUGCAGGCGUACGGGAACGCGAGCGCAGCGGCGUCGGCAGCGGAGUCAGCAGGGGCCGUUGGUGGCGGGAGUGGCAUUGUUGCGGAGCGGCGGCUUGUUGGAGGGGAUGUGAGCUGGAGCGAGGACCAGGAGCGGGUGUAUGUUGCGCUGACCAAGGCGGACGUGGAUGCGAUGAAGGUGCUUGAGCCGCUUGUGACGAGUGCGGAGACGGCGUUUGUGUGGCACGACGGGACGCUUGUUGCUGAUGUGUUUGGUGUUGGGAGCGAGGCGACGAGCGGGGACGCAGCGCUUGGGGUGCGGUCGUUUGUUGGGGAUGCGGUGCCGCCGGCGGUUGAGUCGUUUGUGGUGGACAUGGACGCCGGCUCCCUCAGCAUCACCUUCACGGAGCCCGUGCGCGCCAACACGAGCCGUCCAAUUGACAACGUGUUGUUCUGGUCACAGCACGCGAGUCACAACACAACUCGAGAGGGCACGCUGUCCACCACGAAUGGGCUUGUGCUGAACUGGACACUUGAUUAUGAGGAUCUGACGGCACUGAAACUGCGUCCGCUCCUGUUUUCUUCCAAAGCAACGAGCGGGCUGUCUUUGUCGUCUGGUUUUAUCGAGGACAUGGCUGGCAAUGCCAUUGUUUCCAACCCGCCAUUAGACGCCAUCUUUGCGGCCAACUUCACCGCGGAUGCAACACCACCCCAACUCCUCGGCUUCGACGUUGACAUGUCCUCUGGCACGCUUCGCUUCUCGUUUGACGAGCCUGUCGUGCCGUCGCUGGUUUUGCUUGAUGGCCUUUCUCUCACCUCGCGUGCUGACGGUGGUGGGGCAGUGAUUAUGCUCAGCGGCUGGACUGCUGCCGUUGUUGCUUCUCCCGCAAACGCCGUUGACCUCAACUUUACCAUUGCUCUCAACAACACUCUGCUGAACCUCUUGAAGGACGACACGUCCCUGUUUACGAGUGUCGAAACAACGUAUGUCUUUGCAAACGCUGGGUUUGUGGUUGAUGCUGCGGUCAACAGUUUGGAGAGCAUCCCCAGGACCAGCGCUGUGCAGGCGUCAGCAUUUGUGGGCGACGCUGUGCGCCCUCGCCUGCUCAGCGUGACCCUGAACAUGAACCUGACGCAGCCGCUGUUGUCGCUGACGUUCUCAGAGACGAUGAAUGCCACCGACACCAAGGCAUGGUUUGUGUCACUGCAGGCCUCUAACAACGCCACGGCCGCGACGGCAUCUCAGCGACUGCACACGAGCUUGUUGUCGUGGCCCAACACGCGACUUGAGGUCGUGACGAUUGCCAUUUCUGUUGCGGAUGCAAAUGCCAUGAAGCUGAAGGGCAUCGGCCUCAAUGUCACGCGCGUGUUUGUGUCGUUCCCGUUCUGGGCGUUUAGCGACAUGGCUGGUAACGACGUUGUUGAAGUUUCUUCAGAGGAUGCCAAACCCAUGGAUGGCUUUACUCCAGACGCCAUUGCACCGAAGUUGCUUGGCUACGAGAUUGACAUGGACACAGGGGAGGUUUUGCUCGUCUUUGAUGAGCCUGUUGAAGCAGACAGCUUGGACGUGACCAAGUUUGCCUUCUAUCCCACUUCACAACAAGCGGCCAUUGCCCCUUGAUAUGGGGCUGUGUCGUGUGUGUGAGAGAGAGUGUGUGUUAAUUUGUGUCGUGUGUUCUGAGGCAGUGCUGCGUUUGAGAGGGUGUUUUGUGAGUGUGAGUGUCGUGUGAGUGUGAGCGUCAGCGUGAAAGAAAGUCGAAAAAUGUGUGCGAUGGAAGGAGAGUGCUUGAGAGUGUAUUGGAGCCGUUGAUAUUCCGUCAUGCUUUGCGCUUGUGUUCAGACCCCCAGUCACCAACGUGAUUUGGUUGUUGUUCCAUCGUGGGAUGGACAUGCGGGUGGUUGUGGGGAGGUGUUCGUUUAUUGGCUGUGCUUUCAGACUGCAUGGGGGCGCUUGCGUUGCUUGUGUGAGACAGAGAGAAGGUGUGGAUGCCUGGAUGCAUGUGUGCUUUGAGCAUUUCCUUUGACAAUUGAACAAGUCAUCGAUCGCACA